AUGAAAGUGCAGGUUGCGUUCUUCAUCUACAAACGUGACGCCCUGCGAGAGCUGCUGCAGAUUCUGUCCGACGUCAGGGGAAGUUAUGGUAACGGCAAAAGCAGUCACAGGAUCCGGAGCCGAAACCAAAAGCUGUCACGCCGCCUGUACAUAUUCAUGCAGGUGGCUCUCAUCCAGGGUCUGGUCGCGUGGCUUUCCACUCCGCUGCUGGCUCGUGCUCUCCUCGCCUCGGACCAGGAGUCACUCGAACCUGCUCGCCAGUUCCCCGUACCCCUCUGGUUCCCAGAGUAUAUGUACCUGUCACCCUCGUAUGAAAUACUCUAUGUUGUUCAAGGUUUCUGCCUGCUAGUAGGGACGCAGUCUGCUACUUGCGUGGACGCCUUCUUUAUUCACAUAAUGCUGGUGGUGGCAGCUGAGCUAGAAGUUCUGAACGGAAACAUUACAGCCAUGCACAAGGAUCGCCUUACGGUUCAAGGAACGGAAUAUCAACAGAGGAAUCGUCGGACUGUCCCUAAACGCGACGGGUGGACCGUUGGAAGCAAUGAUUACCUUCAAAGUACUGAGCACGUGUCAUUAGAGGGCAUGGCAAACGAUAUGUAUCCACAACUGGUAAAGAACAUUCACCAUCAUCACGAAAUUCUCAGAUCUGUCUCCUUAUUGCAGGGAGUAAUGAAUGUAUCAAUCUUCAUUCUUCUUUUCGUCAACAUGGCGGACUUGUGUUCCUGUAUCUUUGUUUCCGCUGUGGUGUUGCAGAGAGACGGGCAUAUCACCAAGGCGCUGAAGCCACUGAUGACGAUCCCUCCUAUACUGUAUGAAACCGGCCUGUACUGCAUUGCCGGGCAGAUGUUAACUGAUCAGAGUGAGAAGCUGGUCAACUCGGCCGCCAGCUGUGGCUGGGCAGACUGUGACGCCCGCUUCAAGAGGAGCCUCCUCGUCUUCAUGACGGUGGCCGGACGGCCUCUGGAGAUCACGGUGGGCAAGACGAGCAAGCUGUCUAAGCAGAUGCUGGUACAGGUGCUGAAUGGAACAUACGGCCUGUUGAACUUGCUGUAUCAUUUUCAUGGUGCUCAGUGA